GAGCUUGGAGGAAGCGGCGGCGAAGGCCAUGGCAUUUAAAGAUACUGGGAAAGCCCCUGUGGAACAGGAGGUAGCAAUUCAUCGUAUCAGAAUCACCUUGACAAGUCGUAAUGUGAAGUCUCUAGAAAAGGUCUGUGCAGAUCUGAUCAGAGGUGCUAAGGAGAAGAACUUAAAAGUGAAAGGACCAGUUCGCAUGCCCACCAAGACUCUGCGAAUCACUACAAGGAAAACACCAUGUGGUGAAGGUUCCAAAACCUGGGAUCGUUUCCAGAUGCGUAUUCACAAGCGUCUCAUUGAUUUGCACAGUCCUUCAGAGAUAGUUAAGCAGAUCACUUCUAUCAGUAUUGAGCCUGGUGUAGAAGUUGAAGUUACUAUUGCCGAUGCUUAAAUGAUUUCCAUCUGCUUCAAUAAAAAUUGAGAAUAACUUUUUACCUUUAAAAAAAAAAUAAA